CGCGGGUAUAAAUACCCGCGGGGGAGAGAAGCCUGGGGAGCGCGAGAGAGCGGGCGAGGAAUCUCUGCUGUCCCUCUGCUUCCUCCUUGCUUCGAUCAUGGCGGGGAACGACUGGAUCAAUAGCUACUUGGAGGCGAUUCUGGACGCCGGGCCCUCCAUCGACGCCGCCAAGGCCUCCCUGCUGCUGCGGGAGAGGGGCCGCUUCAGCCCCACCCGCUACUUCGUCGAGGAGGUCAUCACCGGCUUCGACGAGACUGAUCUCUACAAGACUUGGGUUCGGGCUGCGGCCAUGAGGAGCCCGCAGGAGAGGAACACGAGGCUGGAGAACAUGUGCUGGAGGAUCUGGAAUUUGGCCCGCAAGAAGAAGCAGAUUGAGGGUGAGGAAGCACAAGGUAUAUCUAAACGUCGACUUGAGCGUGAAAGAGCUCGCCGUGAUGCAACUGCUGAUAUGUCCGAAGACCUCUCUGAAGGAGAAAAAGGAGACAUUAUAAAUGAUCUAUCUGCUCAUGGUGACAGUACCAAGGGUAGGAUGCUCAGAAUUAGUUCUCUUGAUGCUAUUGAGGCCUGGGCUAGUCAGUACAAGGAUAAGAAGUUAUAUAUAGUAUUGAUAAGCAUUCAUGGUCUGAUACGUGGGGAAAAUAUGGAACUUGGUCGUGAUUCCGAUACUGGUGGUCAGGUUAAAUAUGUUGUAGAACUUGCAAGGGCAUUGGGUUCGAUGCCUGGUGUUUAUAGAGUUGAUUUGCUCACCAGGCAAAUAUUAGCACCAGAGGUUGACUGGAGUUAUGGGGAACCUACAGAAAUGUUAACUCCAAGAAGCUCAGAAAAUUUUAUACAUGAGACAGGAGAGAGCAGUGGGGCUUAUAUCAUCCGCAUUCCAUUUGGACCAAAGGAUAAAUAUAUUCCUAAAGAACAUCUCUGGCCACACAUCCAAGAGUUUGUUGAUGGUGCACUCAGCCAUGUUAUGCAGAUGUCACGAGUUCUAGGGGAGCAAAUUGGUGGUGGGCAGCCAGUAUGGCCUGUUGCUAUUCAUGGGCAUUAUGCUGAUGCUGGUGAUUCUGCUGCUUUACUGUCUGGGGUGUUAAAUGUUCCUAUGCUAUUCACAGGCCAUUCUCUUGGCAGAGAUAAAUUAGAACAACUUUUGAAACAAGGGCGACAAACAAGGGAAGAAAUAAAUGCAACAUACAAAAUAACGCGUAGGAUUGAAGCUGAGGAGCUAGCACUUGAUGCCUCUGAAAUUGUUAUCACAAGCACCAGACAAGAGAUAGAAGAGCAAUGGCGCUUAUAUGAUGGUUUCGAUGUGAUACUUGAACGAAAGUUGCGAGCUAGAAUCAAGCGUGGUGUAAGCUGUUAUGGCCGUUAUAUGCCUCGCAUGGUUGUUAUUCCUCCAGGUAUGGAGUUCAAACAUAUUGCUGCACAUGAUGUUGAUCCUGACGGCGAUCCAGAAGGAAAUGAUGAUAAUUUAGCAUUCCCUGAUCCACCUAUUUGGUCUGAGAUAAUGCGGUUCUUUACAAACCCUCGCAAGCCUAUGAUUCUUGCACUUUCAAGACCGGAUCCUAAAAAGAAUAUUACUACUCUUGUCAAAGCAUUUGGUGAAUGCCGCCCGCUAAGAGAGCUUGCAAAUCUCACACUUAUAAUGGGUAACCGUGAUGACAUUGAUGAGAUGUCAAGUACAAAUUCAUCAGUUUUAACUUCCAUAUUAAAGUUAAUUGACAAGUAUGAUCUGUAUGGCCAAGUGGCAUAUCCGAAGCAUCACAGGCAGUCUGAUGUUCCUGACAUUUACCGUUUGGCAGCAAAGACAAAGGGUGUUUUCAUCAAUCCAGCUUUCAUUGAACCAUUUGGCCUUACCUUGAUUGAGGCUUCAGCGAAUGGUCUACCUAUUGUGGCUACAAAAAAUGGAGGACCUGUUGAUAUACAUAAGGUUCUUGACAAUGGUAUUCUUGUUGAUCCCCAUGAUCAGCAAGCAAUUGCUGAUGCACUUUACAAGCUUGUUUCUGACAAGCAGCUCUGGGCACGGUGUCGGCAAAAUGGACUGAAGAAUAUUCAUCAAUUUUCCUGGCCAGAACAUUGCAAGACUUAUCUGUCAAAAAUCACUUCUUGCAGACCAAGGCAUCCUCAGUGGCGAAGGAGCGGAGAUGGGCCUGAAGAUUCCGAACCAGAUUCACCAAAUGAUUCCCUGAGAGAUAUCCAAGACAUAUCUUUAAACUUAAAGCUUUCAUUAGAUGGUGAAAAGGGCAAAGAUGAUACUGUGGACAAUGCCUUAGGUUCUGGAGAUGUUGCUGCUAAUGGAAACAGUAAUCAUUAUGUUAAUGCAGUUGUGAAAUUAUCGAAGGAUGUUGAACAACAUAAGAUCAGGUCCAGUGAGAGAAUUGAUCAUAAUUCAAGUAAGAUGCCAAUGUUGAGGAGGAGGAAGUAUAUUUUGGUGAUUGCUGUGGACUCAGUUAGUGAUGCAGAUCUUAUUGCAAUCAUCAAAAGUACUUUCGAGGCUUCAAGUGGGUAUAGGAUGUCUGGUCUCAUAGGAUUUAUAUUGUCAACCCGAUUAACAAUAUCAGAGAUACAUUCUCUUCUGACAAACGGCGGCAUUGUUCCUACUGAUUUUGAUGCUUUUAUAUGCAAUAGUGGCAGUGAUCUCUAUUAUCCGUCUUCAAAUUCUGAUGAGCUGCUUUACCCUUCCGAGCUUCCUUUUGCCCUUGACAUAGAUUAUCAUUCACAAAUUGAGUAUCGUUGGGGGGGAGAAGGGUUGAGAAAGACUUUAGUUCGUUGGGCUUCUUCAGUUACUGACAAGAAAGGAGAAAUUGAAGAGCAAGUUGUUGUUGAAGACUUGGAACACUCUUCGACAUAUUGCCAUGCAUUUCAAGUGAAGAAUUCAUCUCUGGUUCCUCCUGUAAAAGAGCUUCGGAAACAGAUGAGAAUCCAGGCACUUCGCUGUCAUGUCCUUUACAGCCAUGAUGGUAGCAAGCUACAUGUCAUUCCUGUACUAGCUUCUCGGUCACAGGCACUAAGGUAUUUAUUUGUCCGCUGGGGCAUAGAGGUCUCAAAUAUGGUAGUAUUUGUUGGUCAAAGUGGUGAUACAGAUUAUGAAGAAUUACUUGGUGGAGUGCACAAAACUGUAAUACUGAAUGGUGGAUUUAAUACAGCCCAAAGCGAGCUUCAUUCAACUAGAAGCUAUCUGCUUAAAGAUGUUGUGGCCUUUGACAGCCCUAAUAUUCUUCAGAUCGACAGUUGUGGUGCUAAUGAAAUCCAAUUUGCUCUAGAACAGCUGGGUAUAUUGAAGAAGUAGCACUUAUCAGUUAUCACUGACCACAGAGCGAGAGAGUUAUAUUCAAGUCACACAUUAUUUUUAGUGAGUUUCUUUUCUUGCGAAGAUGUUCCCUCCCUAGAGGUGUUUUUUUAUGAAAUAAAAGUUCCAGAACACGAAGCUUUAUCCAGUGUAAAUAUAAAAUGCAGAACUUCCUUAUGGAACAUCCAAACUGGUGUUUUCUGGGGCUGCCAACACUUUGUACUGCAGCUUUUUCCAGGUUUCAUCUUGAAUACAAUACAUGGCUAAUGACUUGUAUU